UUUUUUGUGAUAUGUUAUUAACAAAUCGAUUUCACCAAUCAAUAACAAGAUAUAAAUUAUAAAAAGGCCAGAUUUACAUAUUUAUAAUUGUAACUUUUCAUUUCGUUCCCUUUUACAAAUAAUGAGUACAACAAAAUUAGCCUCUCUACUUGUUCGCACAAUAUCAAAACCAAUUGCAAAUAGUAUUAAAAAUUAUAGUAAAAGUCAUCCGGCUUUUCGACAAAUAUGUAUUAAUGUUGCGCAGGCAACCCGCCGGUUUGAAAUUAAACUUGACAUGAACCUAUUGGGACAAAAAACUGAGAAAAUUCGUCCUCUAAAUGAUGCAAAGGCUGUGGAAAUGGGUGCUAACUUUUUAGGCGAGGCAAUCAUUUUUGGAGUUGCAAGUAGUUUGAUCAUAUGGGAACAAGCUAGAUCUUAUAAAAGUUCCAAAGAUCGUCAACAUCAAUUGGAUGAUAAAAUAGAAAUGUUGAAAGAUGAAAUAUCAAAAUUAAAAGAAUCUGAGGAUCAAAUGAUGAAUCAAAUUGUAAAAUUGAAAAACGACUAUGAAAAAUUGAAUAAUGAUUAUGAAAAGUUACGAAAUCUUUUAGAUUUCAUUUUGACCAAAAGAAUGCACAAUUUAAACAUUCCUAAGAUACAACGGGAAAGUAAAAAUGAUGAUAAAAAUCAAGACGUAUAAAACUUUGAAACAGUUGUACAACCGUGGCGUGAUUUUCGAACCUUCCAGAAUAAAGCACACAUUUAAUAAAUUCAAAAACUAAAUUUGCGUCUCUGUUUUAUAAGGAAAAUAAGUUUUACAUUA